CAACAAGAUAAACUUGAACAGGUUGUUGCUGCUGGAGCGUCUACUUCUGCAAGUACUAGGGGAGGUUUACCUUCAGCUUCAACACAAGGAGGUCGUAGAAGUGCAGGACCAAAGGGAACACGCGAACGACGUCGCAGUCGGACGCCAAGGGGAGCUAGAACAGCAGGAGAACAGCCUCUAGCUUCAAAUCUUAAUGUUAAGACUAGCUCUGUUGACUCUGAUCCAUCUCUAUAGGAAUAGAGAUUCGCACUCGGCAAUAAAAAUGUUGUUAUAAGGGGUUGUAUAAUGUAUACUCUUGUCUUAUAUUAAGGGAGACAGUGAUCAUUAACAUUAUCAUAGUCUUGAGGGAUCUCUACGACCACGACAAGGAUGAUGAUCUCAGGACGAUACCUCGGUCUAAUAGUGCUGCUACGAAGAAGAGUUUUCGUGAGCGGUUUAUUGGGACGGUGGGCGAAGACUCCUCCAAGGUAAAAGGGC